AUGAGUGAACAACAAGAGCACUUGGGCAGCGUCAAUGAGAUCAGCGGUAGCAGCAGUCUGGAUUGCGUCAAACUGGCCAAGACAAUUGAAGAGCACCCAGAGUUGGCAUACAAAAGGAAUUAUAGUCUUCAUGGCUUCGAUGUCAUCCCUCUUUAUGAACUGGUGGCAAAAGGAGCCAACUUGCAAACUGUUGUAACUGUCUACGAUUUGGCUCCUGAUGCCAUUGAAUCUGCCUACCACGAGCAUCCUACUAGUGUCACGAGGCCGAGGACGAGGAAAAUCCAACCGGGAUUGGAAAUGCUUUCCAAAGAAAGGUCAAGACCCAGUGUCCUCUUGUUUCUGAUCGAGAAAUACCCAGAUUUGGUGGCCUCUCUGGAAGUCUAUGUUGCUGGCCGUAUCAUCCGCAAUCUCCUGUGCAAUGUUACCCACCUCAACCAAGAGGAACUGCCCAAUCUGGAAAUAUUGCUUCAAAAGCUGCUGGACUCUAUACCCAAAUGCUGCCGUUUCAGUCACCUACAUCAGAUUUGUUUGCUCGAGGGCUUUUCGGAUGCGAUCAUCCAAACAUUUGCAGAAAAAACAUUACAUGGACUGCACCAUUUUCACAUGCAUGAACCAAUUAUCAGCGAGGGGUACUUGAAGGCACUUCGGUUAAAAUUGCCUUCUUCAGCACAUUUGGCAUUUGGUAGUUGGGUCAGGUAUGGCGAACUAUUUCCUAAUUUGAUCAACACAAUUGCCACAUAUGGGACAAACCUAGAGUCUCUGGAUCUGUUCUUGCCAUCAGGGUUGAAUGAUUCCAGCGAGACGCGCCAGCUAGUCUGCUCUCUUCUAAAGGUUGCAAACAUGCCCAAGAUGACGCGGCUCAUGUUGAAAAGUUCUUCAAGUCAGCUGCAGCAAGCCAACGAUAGCCUCAUUUUUGGUGAUUUGGUGGUGGCAAUCAGGGAAAGGAGCACACCUAUUCCUUAUGUGGAGCUGUCUCAGUUUCAUCUUGUGGGUGUUUCGGAGGCUCUAGCAUCAUUGUUCCUCUCUCCAAAUGGUCCCAUGGAACUGGCAUUGCUGCGCUGCCAUUUUGAAGGUGACUUGCAGUUCUCAGUGACACCCACUGUGGACACACCACAUGCAACAACUCUGAAUAGACUUAUCAUCAGUAAAGUGGAUACCUCUUGUGAUGGUCUGCAGGCAAUAGUGAGGAUGGUGUCACAAAUGCAGAGUUUGGAAUUUUUGGAGUUGUCAACCAGACAGUUUCAUGAGGCCACAAAUGAUGGGGCCGAGCAUAUUCUGGCUCUAGUACAACAAUCCAAGCAACUCAAAUCCCUGAACUUGGCUUUUUUUCGAGAAUCUCAUCUUGGACGACUAUGGGACAUUUUGAGGCCAGGGGAUCACAGAUUGGAAUCGUUGGGCUUGAUGUUGCUACCAGAAACGGCCCGCAUCAGCCAUGAGGGCCCUCGACGAGGUACUGACAUGGGUAGAAACGUCACUAGCUUUGAGCCAGGGCUGAUAGAUUUGCUGCAAGACAAUGUCAUACUCAGCAGCUGCCGCUUGAAAGACCCUGUCAUAAACAUCUGGGAUCCCAUUACAACAGUUGAAGGACGAGCUGAAAUGCGUGUGCGGCGCAGGGAAAUUGACUACCUCCUGAAGCUGAAUGCCCUUGGGAGAAAGACGGCACAGCAUUGUUCCCCAGCGGAACUGGCGAAACUGCUAACCCAGCCAACAGAUAAUGCCUUUUCCAAUCAUGGUUUGCUGGAUCACCCCUAUCGGCAUUAUGAUGACACUGCGCCACGCCUGUUCACUUAUGAGUUUGAUGGAGGUUUUGUGCGUGAUAGAUCAGUCCAACGCGGCUCGAUAUCCGUUGUAGGAGGACUCGGAAUCAACUUGGCCACCGCCGACAUUGUCAUUCUCUACGAUAGUGACUGGAAUCCUCAGGUCGACCUGCAAGCCAUGGACCGUGCCCACCGAAUUGGUCAGAAAAAGCCUGUGCAAGUGUUCCGGUUUGUCACCGAAGGGACGGUAGAAGAGAAGAUCAUUGAGAGAGCAGACGAAAGCUCUUUCUCGAUGCCGCCGUCAUCCAGCAAGGCCGUCUUGCCGAGCAGCACAAUUCGCUAG